AUGAUACUCAGAAGGCUUCAAUCUUGUCGGCUUCAGCUCCGGUUCAGUUCUGAAAAGAAAGAACUUACAGCUAAAGAAAAGGUAUGUGGAUAAUGUAGGUAAAUCUAGUUAAAAUUAGUAAAAUUGUGUACUUUUGUUGACUUUAUUUUUCUUUCUAAUCAUAAACUAAACUAAUGCAAGCUUUUAGGAGCGUUUGCGAACAGUAAUUCCAACAUUAAAUGUGCAAAAAACAGAAUCUAAAGUGGAAAAUUGGACUAAACGUGGGGAUAUUAUCGAUGAAGAGACAAAAGCAUUUGACGAGAUCAGGGCCAGAGGGUAAGAGUAAUAUUUUUUAUGUAAGUGUUGAUUUUUAGGUUUAUGAAAGUGAAACGUGCUUAUGUGCCUGAAGGAGAUUGUCAGAGCUUCAUUUCAAAGUUGGGACAACAACAUUCUUUGACUGGAGAAAGUGAAAUCUCUAGUUUGAAGGUGAAGUUAGAGGUAAGUAGAGCAGUGUUAUUUGUUUUUUAAUAAUGAAUGUUCACCGGGUUUUUUGUCGAAAUAUUUUACUGAUAUUUUUGUAUUUGGUUGAUCUUACCGGUUUUAAUGUUUUUCUCUAGCUAUUGAACGAAAUUGGCCAGAAGUAUGCCUAUUUUGUGCCAAAUUCUCAAUUGCACCGUAUCAGGACUUUGAAUGACGUUGCCAACUUUUACAACACACCGAAAGAUAAUGUCACGACAUACACAAAGUUAGCAAGGGAUGAAAACAAACCAGAAAACUUGGAAAUCAGAGAGAAUCCGGUCAGGUUCCAUCCAGAAGACAAACACGCCUUCCACAAAGGUGUCACUGCUUUCCCUGGCGAAGGUGGCAAAGUUAUUUCUCUCAGAAACAAGAGGAUCUAUCGACAAUACAGGCCUAAAAAGGAGUGGUUCGACUACGAAGAACAAACCUUUGAUCACGAGCCGGUCGAUAAAGAUUGUCCAUGGGACCCAGAAGUGGUGGCUAAGAUGGAUACCUACACUGACAGAAAGCUGAUAGGGCGGUAUUUCCGCAGAAUAUAG